AUGGGUGUAUACGGAGACGACGGAAGCGGGCAGUCAAGCAUGGCGUCAAGACGCCGUGGAUCAAUCGGCGUUGAUUCGAUCGAUAUCGCGAAGAUAUUAGCUGUGUAUUUCAGAGACAACGAGAACUCGUGCAUCGAUGAGGAGAAGUUGAUGCUCACGGCGGAGCUUAUCCGUGUAUUCUCUUCGCCGAGUGGUAGAGACUUAGUUUCUCAGCAGGUGAGUGAAGAAGGUGGUGGUUCGUUCUCUUUAGCGCUUGAUCUUCAACAAUUCAAGAAGUUAUGCGAUAUCGAGAAUUUUUUUAUUAAUUUGGAGGAUAAUCCCAAAGGAGUAAUACCAUGUAUGAAUGCUGCAGUUCACAAGGUUCUCUUAAGUCAAUGGGAGACUAAUGGCUUUGAUGAUGUUAUGAAGAUCAAUAUUCGUCUGCAUAAUUAUCCUGAAUCUUCAAUCUCUCUGAAAAACUUGAGAGCGGCAUAUAUUGGUAAGCUUGUAACAAUUCAUGGGACUGUUGUUAAAGUUAGUACUGUGAAGCCUCUUGUCACACAGAUGGCUUUUGACUGUGUAAAGUGUAAAACUAGCAUAACCCGGGAAUUUACUGAUGGGAAGUUUUCACCUCCACAAAAUUGUGACACCCAUGGAUGUAAGUCCAAGAUGUUUACUCCAGUUCGAUCCUCCGCUCAGACCAUUGAUUUUCAGAAAAUCAGGGUGCAAGAGUUACAAAAGCCUGAAGACCAUGAAGAAGGACGGGUACCCCGAACUGUAGAAUGUGAGCUGAUGGAAGACCUUGUGGACACAUGUAUCCCUGGUGAUGUGGUGACUGUUACAGGGAUUAUUGGUGUAAUUAACAAUUACAUGGAUAUUGGGGGAGGGAAAUCGAAGUCCAAGAAUCAAGGCUUCUACUAUUUGUUUAUAGAGGCAGUUUCGGUUAAAAACUCUAAGAAGCAGUCUGCAUUUGAGAACUCAGAGGACUCCCGUAGUGGUGUCCAGUCUGCUGAUGCUGGUGAUUUAUAUUCAUUCUCACAGAGAGACUUGGAAUUUAUUGUUAAGUUCAACGAAGAAUAUGGUUCCGAUACAUUCCGUCGCAUACUUCAUUCAGUUUGCCCAUCUAUUUAUGGCCAUGAAAUUGUCAAAGCUGGGAUAACACUGUCCCUGUUUGGAGGUGUAAGGAAGCAUUCGAUGGAUCGGAACAAAGUUCCAGUCAGAGGAGACAUUCAUGUCAUAAUUGUUGGUGAUCCUGGAUUGGGAAAAAGUCAGCUCUUGCAAGCAGCAUCGGCCAUCUCCCCUCGUGGCAUUUAUGUAUGUGGUAAUGCGACGACUAAAGCAGGGCUCACCGUUGCUGUAGUGAAAGAUUCCAUGACAAAUGACUAUGCGUUUGAGGCUGGUGCCAUGGUACUUGCAGAUGGCGGGGUUUGCUGCAUUGACGAAUUCGAUAAAAUGACCAACGAGCAUCAGGCUUUGCUCGAAGCAAUGGAACAACAAUGUGUCUCUGUUGCAAAGGCUGGGCUUGUGGCUAGUCUAUCAGCUCGGACUUCGGUUAUAGCAGCAGCAAAUCCUGUUGGUGGCCACUACAACCGUGCAAAAACUGUAAACGAGAACUUAAAGAUGAGUGCUGCGCUUCUUUCGCGGUUUGAUUUGGUUUUCAUAUUACUUGACAAACCUGAUGAGUUACUCGACAAGCAAGUGUCAGAGCAUAUUAUGUCGCUUCAUUCUGGAGGUGGAGAAGCAUCACCUGCAUUAAAGAAGUUCAAGACAGCAUCAGGUUCUGCAAAUGUGCAUGCGAAAGAGGGUUCUAUACUCUCAAGACUGCGGUUAGACCCUAAGAAAGAUGAUGACUUUACUCCCAUUCCUGGCCAACUGCUUAGGAAAUAUGUUGCUUAUGCAAGGACUUUCGUCAACCCUAAGAUGUCUAAGGCAGCUGGAGAGAUCAUACAAAAGUUUUACUUGAAACUGAGAGACCAUAACACAUCCGCUGACAGCACACCAAUAACAGCAAGACAACUGGAAAGUUUGGUCAGGCUUGCGCAAGCUAGGGCUCGGGUUGACUUAAGGGAAGAUAUAACAGUCCAAGACGCAAUGGAUGUGGUUGAAAUAAUGAAAGAAUCUUUGUAUGAUAAGUUCGUAGAUGAACACGGGGUUGUGGAUUUUGGUCGGAGUGGAGGAAUGAGUCAACAAAAGGAGGCAAGACGCUUCUUAAGUGCUCUUGAUAAGCAAACAGAGUUGCAGCAAAAAGAUUGUUACUCUGUUUCUGAAAUGUAUAGUUUAGCUGAUAGGAUCGGGCUACGAGUUCCAGACAUCGAUACUUUCCUAGAUAACCUGAAUAUUGCCGGCUACUUACUCAAGAAGGGACCAAAAACUUACCAGGUCCUCUCCUCAUCUUAUUCUCGGAGUCAGUCAUCCAGGUCAAGAUGAUCAACAUUCCGGGGAAAAAACCUUCCUUAGA